UUGAUACAAGUGAAGGCUUGGAUUUGUCAACUCUCGUAUCCGGCAGACAUCAAAAAAUUGCUAAGCACAUGAGGGAAAAACUGUAUAAUAUAACCCAUUAUUUUGAUUUAUGGCACUUGAAAAGGAGUAAGUAUAAAUUUUCGAGACGGAAAGAAAACAUCAAAAAGAAUAAGCAGUCAACAAUUGCGUGUAUUCCAAAGUUGCAUAAAGUGUUAUCCAAAUUGGCGAAGGAAGCUAAUUGUACUGAAUUAGCUGAGUGGGUUCACCCAUGUCUCAACCAUCUUUACUGGAGUUCCACCUCAACUCAUUCUGGAAAUGAUAGGAUCAUUUGGGCAAAGUUCAAAUCAUUCCUGAGCGACAGGGUUGACAAGCACGAUGAUCUUGAUGAUGCAUUGUAUAACAAGUGCCUUCAUAGUGAACUUGAACCAAGAAAGUGGAUUCUUCAAGACUCGCCUGCAAAUACCAAACUUAGCAGUGCUGUCACUAAAACGUCGUUGGUGAAAGGAAUAAAACAAGCUUCUCCAUUAGACCAGACAAGUUUUUUGGAAGGUUUUCACUUUGUUGUCAAACAUUUUUCCCCCAAAAUGAACGCCUACUCAUUCACUGGGAUAUUUUGCAGGCACAUUUUGGCAAAAAGAGCGCCUCCAAGAUGCGCAGUUUGCAAGAACCCGAUGAAGGGGCACAAAAAGAUAAAAGACUGCCCGAAAAAUCAGAAGCCGUGCCAUUGGUUUAAUUGUCUUUCACAUCUUGUAUAG